UGAUGGAUCGAUGAUCCAUCAAAACCCACCAUCAAAAGCCCGAAGUAACGACGAGGAAAGGAGGAAACACAUGAAAAGGCCCCUGACCUGCCUGAGAAGCUGAGAUACAUGAGCAGAGGCAGAGGCGAGCGGAGAGCGUGAUCAUCCAUCCAUCCAUCCAUCCAUCAGUCGAGUCGAGUGUGCACCAGCCGCCAUCGAUCGCUGCAACCCCAACCCCAACGCGAGGCACGCGCGCGCGCGGUGGUGAACGGUCACCGCGCCAGCCUGUUCGAUCGAUCGCCCGCGGCCUCCUUCUCCUCCUCGGCGUGGUGUCCACAUCCGCGUACGUACUUUACACAUAGGCGGCUGAUCCGCGGCUGCCUAUAUAAGCCACGCCUGUGGAGGCAGCCAUCCAUCCGUCCAUCUCUCUCGCCACUACUCCAGCUCCACCAGCGGAAGAAGAAGAAGAAGAUGAGCUUGUUUGGGCGGAGCUCCAGGAGCCAGCUGACGUUCAGGCCCAAGAAGAGCUCCCCUUCCGGGAGCAAGGGCUUGCCGCUGAAGAAGCACAUCGACGCCACCCUGGGCAGCGGAAACCUGCGAGAGGCGGUCCGUCUGCCAAUUGGAGAAGAUCUCAACGAAUGGCUCGCUGUCAACACCGUAGACUUCUUCAACCAAGUGAACUUUCUGUACGGAACCCUGAUGGAGUUCUGCACUUCAUCUACCUGCCCGAUCAUGUCUGCCGGACCAAAGUACGAGUACAGGUGGGCUGAUGGAAUGAAGGUGAAGAAGCCAGUUCAAGUGUCUGCUCCAAAGUACGUGGAGUACCUGAUGGAUUGGGUGGAGAGCCAGCUUGAUGAUGAGGCCAUUUUCCCUCAAAAGAUUGGGGCUCCCUUCCCUCAAAACUUUCGCGAGGUGAUCAGGACCAUCUUCAAGCGGCUCUUCAGGGUGUACUCCCACAUGUACCACUCGCAUUUUCAGAUGAUCCUCAAGCUCAAGGAGGAGGCCCAUCUCAGCACUUGCUUCAAGCACUUUGUGCUCUUCACUUGGGAAUUCCAUUUGAUCGACAGGGCAGAGCUGGCUCCUCUCAACGAGUUGAUCGAGCCGAUAGUGUUUCGGUAUUUUUAAGAGCGCUCCAACAACUGAUGAGGCAAACUUCAGAGAAACCUUGUUGUUUUUUGUAUGUCUCUGUUGGCCCGCAGGAUUAAUUUGCAGCCCAUUUUCCCCUUUUCGUUUCCUUUCAAAUUUGAUGAAUUUGGAUGAACAGUCCGAUUCAUCUCCAUUUUGGGAGUAGGUUAAUUGGUGCUGUUGUACUCAGUUCAGAAGUACUAAUCUGCAGUUGCUUUUUGUUGCAAUCUGUUGUGAUUAGUUCAAAUGAAAUCUUGGGUUUCGGCGCCUUUCUAAAUUCUAAUCAUGUCCUGAUCGUGGGCUUGGACCAAUGGGCCAUCAGUUAGUUCCUUUCUGAAUAAUAUCAUUGAUGACGUUGAUGUAAUUAGACCUCGUUGUAGCCCAUUUCGUGUUGUGAAUGCAGGCCCAAAUGGAUAACAAAAAUGAGAGAAAAAAAAGUACAUCAACAAGAUAGGUGGAUUAGAAAGA